AUGGCUACCUCAACAGCACUCACUGAUCUACAACUGGUCCGACCCUUGGUGGAUGCUCUGUAUAGCAGGUUAUUCACAGAGUUACAAGCGGCCGAAGACCACUAUGCGGCUGAGAUGAGAGCUGCCUCGGAGAUCCAACGGAUAUUCCGCGGGGCCCUCUGCCGCUUCCGAUACGAAAAGGUUCGACGAGCUAUUGAGUUGAUCCAGCGUGUCUAUCGCGGCUUUGUGACGAGAUGUGAAGUGCAGGCGCUGAGGGCUCGGAGGCUCAAGGAUCAACAGUUGGCUUUCUUCAAUGCCCAAGCCGAGUCGAUACAACGCGUGUUCAAAGGCUUCUGGUCGAGGAGGUACCUGCACGACUACUACGCAAUGAAGAGAUAUCUUUUGGAGGUUGUGGAGCGAGGAGAGCGGUCGCGUACAUAUCUACAGGAGGUAGCGGAUGCUCAUCUGAAAGAACAGCUAGAGUGCCCUGGAGUCUACAACCCUCCCUAUGCGAAGUCCCAACCACAUGUGUUGGGAGAGGUCCAACCCAAGCAGGCCCCACAGGGCGACGUAGCUCCCGAUUUGGUAGGCUUCGUCGUGGCUAGAGAGGCUCUAGCUUGCUAUGGUAUACAGGCAUAUGAGAAGUUCUUGCUUUCUACGGCUACAGCGAAUGUAGGCCGCCAACAGGCCAUCCAGGGGCCCUUUAAGACGAGUCGGCAGAUCGCAUUGUUGAACUCUCGAGCUGCGACUAACUUCCGCUCGCUGACUAGCUCAGUGCGCUACGAUAAAGUAGAUAAGGAGGUUCGAAUGCAAAAGAGAAUAGCCAAGAUGACCUACAAGGGGCCUGGGUUCAGGGUUAUGAAAACGCACGUGUCGCGUCCAGGCCCAACAGUGCAGGCGGACAGUCUUUAUACCGCUCCGGUGGAAUUCCGUAGUGAUUAUACUGAACUCCCGAAGAUACCUGGCAAGGUCCAGUUCCUAACUGCUGUGGAGUCCGGCAAGAGCUUCCAGGAUUAUACUGCGGAGUUGGCGCAGCAAGAGGUUACCUCUGAGGUACCUAGGCUGCCCCCACUUACUCCUAAGGCAUGA